CGGAACCGAACAAAAAAAUUGGAACUCGCCAGCCGGAAUAAUCAACACACCAAAAUUGUUUGUAAAACUCGUGUAAAUUGUUUUAAAGAUGGUAAAGAAAGUGCUAAUGAUUUGUUUGGGCAACAUCUGCCGAUCUCCCAUAGCAGAGGUCGUGAUGGUGGACACUCUGGAAAAGGCCAAGGUCAAGGACGUGGAGGUUGAUAGUGCAGCCAUUGGAGGCUGGCACGUGGGCAACCGGGCCGAUCCAAGGGCCAUUAGCACCCUGCAAAAACACGGUCUAAAGUGCACCCACAUCGUCCGCCAGAUCCGCAAGCAGGACUUCUCGGAAUUCGACUACAUCUUUGGCAUGGACGAGGACAACAUGAGCGAGCUAAAGCGCCUGGCGCCCAAGGACUCCAAGGCCGAGCUCCUAAUGCUCGGCGAUUUUGGGCUGGACAAGAAGAACCGCAUCAUCGAGGAUCCGUACUAUGAGCGUGGAGCAGAGGGCUUUGAGACCGCCUAUCAGCAGUGUGUUGUGGCUUGUGCCGCCUUCAUGAAAGAGCGCCUGCAAAAGUAAAUGAUUUAUAAAAAUGUUGUGAUAUAGAUUAACCAAUAAAUGCUGAUACGAAACGUGAA